AUUUAUUUCUACUUGGCCUCUUAUUAUUUUACCUCUAGCAUAUCUGAAGCCAUAGCUCCUGCCAGGUCACUAGAUGGCGCUGUCCAUCUUCUCCGGUGAAUCAGAAAUAACAGAAGAAGACGUGCAUGUAUAGUAUAUGUGUGUAUAGUAGGGAAGAAGAAAGCUAUUUCCAGCUAGCCAAAGUUAAAGUGAAAUAACUCUUUAUUACUGUAAAUAUCUGGAGCUGUUAGAGAACUGUACCGGAGCUUUAUUAGGCUUGUGUUGAUGUACAAGCUGUCAGCUACAGGGCUUUAAUUCAACACAGAGGAAAUAUUUAACAGCUGAGCAGCAGAGAUGUGUUAGUUAGGGUUGUGUUUUAAUAGCUGACCGCAGUGCAUUUUAUAAGAAACAUGUCCAAACCCAAAACAUCCAAGAAAAAGCUUAUUAUUGAAGAUGAUGAAGCCAAAGAGGACGGAGAAGGACUGAAUCCCUUUUCUUUCAAAGAAUUCAUCAGGAGCAAAAAUCAGCAGUCCAGCACCGUCGAGCCUGCCGAGAAAAUGUCUGAUGGUGCUCGUUUGGUGGAGGAUGAAGACGUGUACGCCAGAGGCUUUGAGCACAGCCAUCAGGUUCACUUUUUCACAGAUCCCUCCCUGCUCGAACAGUCGUUUGACUAUAAACCUGAGGACGAAUGGACGGAAAGCUACCAGCCCUCGGCCAUUGAGGACGCACGUGAUUUCGGACUGAGUGGCACUUUGGAUCACUCCUUACUGUCCUGUGAAGACAAGGACGCGACGGUAAACGAGUGGGAGCUGGCCGAGGACUUCUCACCACAGCCUCACUUCCACAGAAGGAGCACGGGAAGCUAUGAAGGAGAUGAAGAGACCUCGGUUAUUGAUCUCACGUUCCACUCGAAGAAAAGCAGUACAGAAAACGGGAUUAGUUACCAGCAAAAGCUAAGAGAAGAAAAUUCCCAGCUUCGAAAGCAUAUCAGAGAACUGAUAAAAAAGUCCGAGGCUGAUUCUACUAAAAUCAGACAGCUUACAGACGAGAUGCACAACCGAAAUUUGCAAGAAGAGAGAGAAGCCAAAGCGUUGGAGAGCAUGGUGCAAUCUGUGGAAGAAAACCUCCAGCUCAUGACGAAACGAGCUGUUAAAGCUGAAAGCAGUUUGUCUAAAUUGAAACAAGAGGUCCAGCAGCUUCAGAGCCAGCUAGAGGCAUACAGAUGUGAAAACGAGCGACUUCGUGCAGGAGAAACUGCUGCCUUGAGCUCAAUGAGACAAAAUGCCCAAGUGGCAUCCAAGUACCUCAUCAAAGCUGCCCAAGAUGCUGAGACUUCCAUUAAGCAGUUGCUGACAGGAAGAGAGACUUUGUGCCUCGUAUCAGAGCUGCUGAGCUCAAUUGACAAGAUCACAGAGAUUCCCAAAUAACACCUUCUGUACUUCUCUGUAUUGUGCCUUAACCACCUCCAUUAUUCAUUUACUCUUCCAAAUCACAUGCUUUUCACAUACCGUGACACUUUUUUUAACCGCUAUCGUAAUCCAUGUUAUUCUCACUGGUUGCGUGGCUCACGUGACACGCACACACCAGCCACGACAACACUCUUACCAGUACUAGGUAGUAUUGCGUAACUGGCUCGACUAGUUUGCGAUCUCAAUUAUCUUUAUUAUUAUCAGUAAUAAGAGUUGUUUGCCUUCACUGUAGCUUCGGCGGCAGAAACCAAGUGAAUUUGAGCUGCUUAAUUGAUGUGACAUGACUGGAUGCAGCCAUAGUUAUAGUGUGACUUAACAUGGUGUACUAAGUUUUUAUUUAUAGUUACUACUAAUAAUAAUUAGUAUAAUUAAUCAUAAUAAUACAAUGUAUUAUUGGCAUUCAGAUAUUUUCUCUCGAUCAUGCCAUAACUCUCCUCGUAGUCUUUCGCUCAAAAGAAUAGUGUUCAAAUGGAACAUUAGCACGUUUGUUUUUCAACACUUACCUCCUUGAUUGGUCGGAAAGUAAAAAAUAAAUAAAUGGGUCCAUGACAUCGCUUGAUGCUUUUCGGAGGAACUUUUUUUUUUUUACUGUAUUUGUAAGCAUAAAUUUACAUGCUUAAAGAAAACGAACAUGUGAAAGCAGCCUUAUUUUUAUACCAAUUGUUCCUUCUGAGAAUUGUGUUCCCAUUUUUAUUUUUAGUCUCGCUUACUUUUUUUUUUAAGUUUGUUCUGUCACUCCCUGCAAGGGCAGACUUGGCAAAGGUAGGCAAAUUAUUAUAUAAAUUUGUAAUUAUUAAUGCUAAAUAACAUAUGACUGAACAGGGCCCCGUUCCUAUAUUCUGCCUAGGUCCCCCAGAUCACUAAAUCCACCCCCGGCUCCCUCGCCAUUAGCCAAUGAGAGCUGAGAUUUCGUUCCUGUCCCAGAGAGCACAUGCAUCUUUACGCUAUAAACUUAGUAGUGAAGUGAGAAAUUCAGCUCCGUGGAAACAGCUGUCUUUUCAUUUCCAUCGCUCAAAUGUGAGAAAUGUAUAAUAAACCUUGUGUAGUAUAACUUUUUUUGUGUGUGUAACAAUUGAGUGCACGGCAUUGUUUAGUGACAUAGUGCUUUUAUAAGUAAUAAAUACAGUCAAACCGUGUAUGUUAAGAUAUUAAUGGUGAAAAUAUUCAGUACUGUGCAGAAGUCUGAAUACUGUACUGUUGGCAUUUCUAAAAACAAAAGAAGGAUACUUUCUAACUAUCAUUUCUGUACAAUUACUGUAUGUAAACAGUGAAAUAACCAAUUUCUGCCUUUGAGUUUAAAAUGAAAUUCUUGCACAGAUUUUUAAGGAUAUUAACUGGUAUUUGAUGCAGGGUUUUUUUUUUCUCUCUGAUGGUCAAAAUCCCACACAGCGUCAAUGAUGUUUUAUAGCAGAAACACGGUCUCGUGGUCUUCAGAAUACAACAAUAUCUCUGUAACAUUACAUUUUUAAGAAAAGAAAAUAACACGUUUGGAAAUGAGAUAUAUAUGUAUAUGAGAUGUGUGUAAACAACAUUUUUAUCAUGCUGUUUUGAUACAUGGGUGUUUCUGCAACUACAGACAUUUUUAAGGCCCAGCAGUGAAAUUUUAGAUUUCUGUUCAAAUUUGUCAUAUGAUGCUUGAUAAAUAUAAACAGUGUCAUUACACACCUUGAUAUCAAAAAUAAUUACUGAUUCAUGUGAUUGAAUAAAAAAUGAUGACG